UGUGAAACGCGAGCACGGUUGUUGCACGAACAGCCGGCGCAAAUUUUGUACUUCAUUCCCCGACCAUGGAUGUUUCUUUCAUCACCGCAAAUUUUUCCUGGCUUGGAGCGUUAUCAUUUCCUUGCAUUGUGAUUUCUGUUCUUCUCUUUGGUAAAGCAGUUUUGGAAAAACGUUCGUUUUCCAAAAAGUUACCACCAGGACCUUGGGGCUUACCAGUCGUAGGUAAUAAGAUUAGGGUUUUUUGAAGCUUUUAGGGACUUUAUCUCCUGUUAAAUGAAUUGUUUUGUGAAUUUUUUUUUUUUUUACUUUGAUUUCUUAUCUUCAUUAUCUUUAUCAUUAUUUUUCUUGUUUUUCACCCCUUGUUUUGGCAUUUUUAUUCCGAGAAUAAUAUUUCUCUUAGUACGUGCUGUACUUAACUCUGUGAUUUCCCGACAUCGAUAGUCUGAAUUAUCUAAUCUUUUGCCUGCCUUCUUUAGUGAGUGUUGAGAAACGGGGCGAUUCUGUCGCUUUUAGUUUUUCUCUUCCUGCAUGAAAACUUCUUUGUUUCCCGCUAGCUUUCAAAGAAUUGAGCAAUACAAAGCUAAUUAUAAAGUAGAAUUCACAUCAUGAUAAAAGAGUGCCGACUAUAGAGGUACAUUGCGUGUCCACAACCAAAGGGUUUAUAUCGACGAUUUUUUUUUUAUAUGACUAGCAAUUUAUUUCUUCAGUAAUUAAUAUUACCUUGAUUCAGGCUGUAACUUUCAUCAUGUCAGACUUUGUGAAAGUCACUCGUUCAUUGAAGAACCUUUGGCGGAUUUUUUGUUUGUCUCAGCAAGACAGUCACAGGAUUUUCAAAGCCAAUAGGUGAAAAAGUAGGUGCUGACAAUUUUCCGUAGCAGCUCACACCCCAAAAGGGUGUCACUCUCUUACUAACUUUUUUUCCAGCUCUAAAAUAUAGUGCUUACUGACUUACAACAGACUGACACUAUCCCAAAAGCAUCCUCAAAACCUGAAAUAUGAAAUUAAUGGUAACACUGAGAAAUAAUUGGGCCAUGACUGAUAUAAAUAAAGAACAUCUGUGGAUAUUGUUGUUUUUGAUAGUAAGAAUUGAUAAGAGUCAUCUAUGUACGUCGGGAAAUUGUUGAGGGAAUACGGCUACGUUUGCACACUUUCCAAGAUGAAACAGAACUACUCAAUGAUGUUACUGACUCAGUUUAAAAUCGUUCGUUUCUUUAUUUGCGUUAUUUACGAAUAUUUAUUUCCAUUGUUUUAAUUUCAUUCCGCAUCCUAAUACUUAGAGGGCGUGGCGAGCUUGCAUGACAAAAACAAUCCCCAAACAAUUAGGCCGAUACUACACACUGACUUCUUGACCUUCUCUACGGUCUUAAAGACUGAUCGCCUACGAAACCCUCUCACUGAUAUAAGUCUUACUACAUCUCAUCCUUACUUAGUUUGCUCCACCUACACCACUGACAUUAUUGUAGCCGAUGUAGAGUAUACCAACAACAACUUGAACCUUUCUGCAGUUCAUUUAAUUGCUGGCCUUUCAACUUUUUAACACGACAACCACAACAGUUUCUUUUUUGCCUUGGGAGGUCGUUUUAUACAUAUAAAAAGUUACACUACUUUUACUCCUCGGAAACACUGAGAAAGCAACAAGAUGAAACACCAAUAUCUUUUCACUUCUGGAUUAUCACUGCCAAACACUUGUGAUGACAAAGCAAUCGAGUUGCAAAAUGGACUUUUGUAUAUCGCUAUCAAUGACAUGCCCAUACCUUUUUCAACGUCUUCAAAGUCAAAACCAUCUUAAUUGCCACUUUUCUUGGUACGGUUUAAAAUUUACAAAAAAGUAUUUAAUCUUUUCACUGGCCUUACAUUUUGCAAGUGUGGUUGAAUUUUUUAAUUGAACUUGAGCUCAGACAGCCUAUAACAGACAAACAAUAUAGAUAAUCGCGUGACUUUACCCACUGAUAUAAUCCAUCACCAGGCAGGCUGAUUUUCUGACGCGAAGGAAACACCGUCCCUAAUAUAAACUGUUUAUCUAGUACAUAAGUAAAAAGAAAUUUUCGGUAUUCGAACAUUUUAUGUAACAUACAAAACGAACUCGACACGCCGAGUCAUCUUUCCCUAAUUUCAUUUCUUUCUGUCAUUGACAGGGGCUUCCUUUCUCCUGCGAAAAGACCCCCAUCUUGCCUUCACUAAUGUGGCCCAAAAAUAUGGCAAUGUGUUCAGCCUGAUGCUUGGAAAUCGCUUGGUGGUGGUGCUGAAUGGAUUACACGCCAUCGAAGAAACCAUCAUCAAGCACCCAAAAGCCUUUGCUGGGCGACCAAGCCUACACACCUUUAGCCUGGCCAAUUCUAAAGCUGGCAGCUUAAGUCUCAGUGAUUACACACCUCGCUGGCGUCUUGCCCGGAGGAUCGCAGUCAGUGCAAUACACAACUUCGUUAAGGACAGCGAUGCACUGGGACAUAAAUUGUCGCAGGAGUCCCAACGCUUGAUUCGAUACUUCAAACAGCAGAAGGGUAGACCUGUAAACGCUCUGGCAGCUCUCAAGUCAGCCACGGCAAACAUCAUCCUGAAUGCUCUGUUCGGAAUCAACUGGUCUUAUGACGACGAAGGUCUUCGAAGAAUCAUCGACCUCGCCGACAGUUUCCGACAGGCCAUCCAUGGCUGCAGCCAUGUUGAUUUCCUGCCCAUGGUAAAGUAUCUACCUAAUAAAGCGCUUUCAGAUCUAAAGACUGUAAUGAAGAUAGUCUCGGAUAUCCUUUCACAACUGUUUGUUCAAAACAAAGAAACAUACGAUGGAGUCAAUGUUCGCAAUAUUGCAGACAGUUUCAUGAGCGCCGUGGAAAAGGAAACUGAAAAGGAGAAAGAGAAUCAUCCAGAAGGUCUUACAAUUGCUCCUUUGCUCAGUGACGAACAGAUCAUUCCAGCUGUUACAGAUCUUUUUGGUGCCGGUUUUGAAACCUCUUCCGCCCUUCUCUACUGGAGCUUGGCAUACCUUAUAAAAUACCCCGACAUUCAGCAACAGCUGCACGAUGAAUUAGAUCAAGUGAUAGGUCAAGAAAGACUGCCCACUUUAGGGGACAUACCGUCUCUCCCUCUCCUUCAAGCCACUGUCUUCGAGUUGUUAAGGGUUACCAGCAUGGUACCUCUUGCAAUACCUCGUUCCACAACCAGCGAGACGAAAAUCCAAGACUUCACGGUCCCAAAAGACACAAUCGUAUUUGUCAAUCUGUGGUCAGUACAUCGUGAUCCAGCUCUCUGGAAAGAUCCGGAAGUCUUUGAUCCCACACGCUUUCUGGAUCGUGCAGGUCAGGUGGUCGAUCCUAAGUUCUUCCGAGGUUUUCUGCCGUUCUCUGGAGGACGUCGUAAGUGCCCUGGGGAGGUUCUGGCUAUCAAACAGGUUUCUGUCUUGCUUGCGGCACUACUUCACAGCUUCCGUUUCUCGCAGGAUGGUUUGUCGAACGAGUAUCAAGGCAUCAAUCUUGUGGGUCAGUUUGGCCUUACUCUGAUACCAGAAACCUUUUACGUAAAAAUAGACGAACGCUGCUGAAGAACUUUUAACGAUUGUAAUCUGCCAAGGGCUCCCCGAAUGCUCAAUGAAUAUUUUUGUAUAUAUUUUUUUUUCAAACGAAGCGUAUGUAUUGCUUGUUUUAGCUCUCUUAUUUUGUUUUAAAUUACUAAUUAGUCCCACCAUACCUAGUGUUAACCCCCUUCUCAGUUUAGCGUUUAGUACCACACUGCAACGCCCCAGUCUAAGAACUUGUUGGUAGCACUAUUAAUAACCUUUUGAUGUUGACUGAGAGCAAGUCUAGUGAUCAUCGCGCCACUUGUCAAAUCAUCGACCGCUGAAAGACCUGUACAGAAGAGAACGUUUGUAACCUUCUUUUUAAACUGCAUGACUUUUUGUAUAGAAUUUUUUAAAGUAAACUCGUUGAUGCACAAAAUGGCCAAUGAACAGCAGAAAAGACAGUGUUUUUAUUCAUUCUAAGGUGAAAGCAUUGAAUUUAGAUUUCUUCAAAUUCUUUGCCUUCAGUCUUUCGCCAAAGGGACAUUUUAUCAGUUUUCAAGCAGUUUCAUGGUAAUUUUUAGCAAGAUUAAGCCACUUUGAGAGGACUUCCACCGAUACAAACUCUUCCAUAAUGUUUGUGAGAAGCAUGGAAUCUUGAUGGGGCUGCACCUUAAUGGCAGUUACAGUUAUUUGCAAGAUUCCAUCGUGAUCCUCGCUGAUUGCCAG